AUGAAGCAGGCUUCAAUCUCCACCACCUUAUUAUCCAUCUGUGCCUUGAUGUUAUGCUGCUCAAUGGCACUUGCAUCUCCUCUUGACAAACGAGGCAUCUCCAGCUGCUACAAGAAGAAUGCUCGCAUCACUCAAUAUUGGAUUCCUAAAGAGGGCGACAAGGACAUGAGCAACAAUGGCAACAGUGUGUCUCUCACUGGAUCCAAAUCCAAGAAACUCAAGGAUCGCAAAGGCAAGACCAUUGCCAAAGUCUCUAAAACCACAUUUGAGAAAUUUCAAAUGGAGGGUACUGGCUUGCUCCAAUCUGGCACUAUGGUUAAUUUGGAUUCAGGCAAUAGCAUCUUUAUGAAAUUAGAUCGUGGAAAGACUCCUUAUGGAUUAGGCUCUAACGGUAAUCGACUGGUCCCCUGGAUCAGUGUUGCUUCCAACGAUAUCAAAAAGGGCACCACGCUCUACAUCAAAGAAAUGGAUGGCCUCGUUUUACCUGAUGGCAAGAAACACAAUGGCUGUGUCCGUGUCGACGAUGAAGGCUGGAGUAUGGGUGGUUGUCAGCUCGAUUUCUUUGUGCUCCAAUUCAGUGCUUACAAGGUGUUGACCAAGAAGAUUCCUAGCAAGGUGCAUGUUGUUGCAAAGUCUUGUACUAUCAAAGACUAUGUUACUUCCUCCGUCAAGAAAUGGGCUGUGCUUCAUUAA